GACCUGUCAGUUCCUGAGUCUCCGGAAAAUGGCCGCCGGGCGUGGUACGGGCAAAGCUGUGCGCUCUUGGUGUCGUGUCCUCUGACAAGGUCUGCGGCGCUGCGAGCCGGUUCUGCAGAGCCGAGGGCGCUGUCAUCGGCCAGGCCGUGACACGGUCAGCGCAGAGGCGGAGAGGUCGGGUGAAUUAAAGUCGGCCAUAGAUUUCUGUGAAAAUGUCGGUUCUUAUAUCACAGAGUGUGAUAAAUUAUGUGGAAGAAGAAAAUAUUCCUGCUCUGAAAGCUCUUCUUGAGAAGUGCAAAGAUGUAGAUGAGAGGAAUGAGUGUGGCCAGACGCCGCUGAUGAUAGCUGCUGAGCAGGGCAAUGUGGAGAUAGUGAAAGAACUGCUUAAGAAUGGAGCCAGCUGCAACCUGGAAGACCUGGAUAACUGGACUGCGCUUAUAUCAGCAUCUAAAGAGGGCCACAUCCACAUCGUGGAGGAGCUGCUGAAGUGUGGGGCCAAUCUGGAGCACCGCGACAUGGGCGGAUGGACGGCUCUCAUGUGGGCGUGCUACAAAGGCAGGACAGAUGUUGUGGAGUUGCUACUUUCUCAUGGUGCCAACCCAAGUGUCACUGGUUUGCAGUACAGUGUCUACCCAAUCAUUUGGGCAGCGGGCAGAGGCCACGCCGACAUAGUGCAUCUUCUGCUGCAGAAUGGUGCGAAAGUCAAUUGCUCUGAUAAGUAUGGAACAACCCCUUUGGUAUGGGCUGCCCGAAAGGGUCAUUUGGAAUGUGUGAAGCAUUUGCUAGCCAUGGGAGCUGAUGUUGAUCAAGAAGGAGCUAAUUCAAUGACUGCACUCAUUGUGGCAGUGAAGGGGGGCUACACGCAGUCAGUGAAGGAGAUUCUGAAAAGGAACCCAAAUGUGAACCUGACUGAUAAGGAUGGAAACACAGCCCUGAUGAUUGCAUCGAAGGAGGGACAUAUAGAGAUUGUGCAGGACCUGCUGGAUGCCGGAACAUACGUGAACAUACCCGACAGGAGUGGGGAUACUGUAUUGAUUGGCGCUGUGAGAGGUGGUCAUGUUGAAAUUGUUCGAGCACUUCUCCAAAAAUACGCCGAUAUAGACAUUAGAGGGCAGGACAAUAAGACUGCGCUGUAUUGGGCUGUUGAGAAAGGAAAUGCGACAAUGGUGCGAGAUAUCCUGCAGUGCAAUCCUGAUACAGAAAUAUGCACAAAGGAUGGUGAGACACCGCUAAUCAAAGCCACCAAGAUGAGAAACGUUGAAGUGGUGGAGCUGCUGCUGGAUAAGGGGGCGAGGGUGUCUGCUGUGGACAAGAAAGGUGACACUCCCCUGCACGUUGCCAUCCGAGGGAGGAGCCGGAGACUGGCAGAACUUCUUUUACGGAACCCCAAAGAUGGACGGUUACUUUACCGGCCCAACAAAGCAGGCGAGACUCCCUACAACAUCGACUGCAGCCACCAGAAAAGCAUUUUAACUCAAAUAUUUGGAGCCAGACACUUGUCCCCUACGGAAACAGACGGUGACAUGCUUGGUUAUGAUCUGUAUAGCAGCGCUUUGGCAGAUAUCCUCAGUGAGCCCACGAUGCAGCCACCCAUCUGUGUGGGCUUGUAUGCACAGUGGGGGAGUGGGAAGUCUUUCCUACUCAAGAAACUAGAAGAUGAAAUGAAGACGUUUGCAGGACAACAGAUCGAGCCUCUCUUCCAGUUCUCGUGGCUCAUAGUGUUCCUCACCCUGCUGCUGUGUGGGGGGCUCGGCCUAGUCUUUGCUUUCACAGUUGACACAAACCUCGCCAUUGCAGUCUCAUUGAGUUUCCUGGCUCUCUUAUAUAUAUUCUUCAUCAUCAUUUACUUCGGUGGACGGCAGGAAGGAGAGAGUUGGAACUGGGCCUGGGCUCUCAGUACCAGACUGGCAAGACACAUUGGGUACCUGGAGCUCCUCUUCAAACUGAUGUUUGUGAACCCACCUGAACUACCAGAGCAAACUACAAAGGCUUUGCCUGUGAGGUUUUUGUUUACAGAUUACAAUAGACUCUCCAGUGUUGGAGGAGAAACUUCCCUGGCUGAAAUGAUCGCGACCCUCUCAGAUGCUUGUGAGAGAGAAUUCGGCUUUUUGGCUACCCGGCUUUUUCGAGUAUUCAAGACUGAAGAUACUCAGGGUAAAAAGAAAUGGAAAAAAACAUGCUGUCUCCCAUCUUUUAUCAUCUUUCUUUUUAUUGUUGGCUGCAUUAUUGCUGGAAUCACUCUUUUGGCUAUAUUCAGAGUUGACCCAAAACAUCUGACAGUGAAUGCUAUCCUCAUAGCCAUUGCAUCCAUCGUGGGGUUGGCCUUUGUGCUGAACUGUCGGACGUGGUGGCAAGUGCUGGACUCUCUCCUGAAUUCUCAGCGAAAGCGCCUCCAUAGUGCUGCCUCCAAGCUACAUAAGCUAAAAAGUGAAGGGUUCAUGAAAGUCCUAAAGUGUGAGGUGGAACUGAUGGCCAGGAUGGCAAAAACCAUUGAUAGCUUCACUCAAAACCAGACAAGGCUGGUGGUUAUCAUUGAUGGCCUGGAUGCCUGUGAGCAAGACAAAGUCCUGCAGAUGCUGGACACUGUCCGAGUUCUGUUUUCAAAGGGCCCUUUUAUUGCCAUUUUUGCCAGUGAUCCACAUAUUAUUAUAAAGGCCAUCAACCAGAACCUGAAUAGUGUGCUCCGUGAUUCAAAUAUAAAUGGGCAUGACUAUAUGCGCAAUAUAGUUCAUUUACCGGUUUUCCUUAAUAGUCGUGGGCUUAGCAAUGCAAGAAAAUUUCUUGUAACUUCAGCAACAAAUGGGGACAUUUCGUGCUCAGAUACCACAGGAGUACAGGAGGAUGCUGACAGAAGAGUUUCACAGAACAGCCUUGGGGAGAUGACAAAGCUGGGUAGCAAAACGGCUCUCAACAGAAGGGAUACUUAUCGCAGAAGACAGAUGCAGAGAACCAUCACCAGGCAGAUGUCCUUCGAUCUCACAAAGUUGCUGGUUACUGAGGAUUGGUUCAGUGACAUCAGUCCUCAGACCAUGAGACGGCUACUCAAUAUUGUUUCUGUGACAGGGCGGCUACUAAGAGCCAAUCAGAUUACUUUCAACUGGGACAGGCUAGCCAGCUGGAUCAACCUUACCGAGCAGUGGCCGUACCGGACAUCCUGGCUCAUACUGUAUCUGGAAGAGACUGAAGGUAUUCCUGAUCAGAUGACGUUAAAGACCAUCUAUGAGAGAAUAUCAAAGAAUAUCCCAACAACUAAAGAUGUUGAGCCGCUUCUUGAAAUUGAUGGAGAUAUAAGAAAUUUUGAAGUGUUUUUGUCUUCAAGGACUCCAGUUCUUGUGGCUCGAGAUGUAAAGACCUUUUUACCGUGCACAGUAAACCUGGAUCCCAAACUACGGGAGAUCAUUGCAGAUGUUCGAGCUGCAAGAGAACAGAUCAACAUAGGAGGCCUCGCGUAUCCCCCCCUCCCUCUGCACGAAGCCCCUCCUCGGCCACCUUCUGGGUAUAGUCAACCUGCAUCUGUCUGCUCCUCCUCAGCAUCUUUCAACGGGCCCUUCCCAGGCGGGGUUGUGUCCCCACAGCCGCACAGCAGCUAUUACAGCGGCCUGUCCGGACCCCAGCACCCCUUCUACAACAGGCCAUUCUUUGCCCCACACCUUUACACGCCAAGGUAUUACCCUGGCGCUUCCCAACAUCUCAUCUCACGCUCACCAGUAAAAACGAAUUUGCCCAGAGAUCAGAACAAUGGCCUAGAAGUAAUCAAGGAGGAUGCUGCCGAGGGCCUUCCUUCACCCACAGACUCCUCGAGGGCAUCCGUUCCUGCCACAGGCACCUCACUCUUACUGAGUUCAAUGUCUGUGGAUGUCGUGUGUGAGAAACUGAGACAGAUAGAAGGGCUGGACCAGAGCAUGCUGCCUCAGUAUUGCACGACCAUCAAGAAGGCAAACAUAAACGGCCGGGUACUGGCUCAGUGUAAUAUUGAUGAGCUGAAGAAAGAGAUGGCUAUGAACUUUGGAGACUGGCAUCUUUUCAGAAGCAUGGUCUUAGAAAUGAGAAGUGUGGAAAACCAGGUGGUCCCUGAAGACCCACGCUUCCUCAAUGAAAACUCCAGCGCCCCAGUUCCUCACGGGGAGUCUGCUCGCCGCGCUUCUCACAGCGAACUGCCGCACACGGAGCUCUCCAGCCAGACUCCCUAUACCCUCAACUUCAGCUUCGAAGAACUCAACACGCUUGGCCUAGAUGAGGGAGCCCCACGGCACAGUAAUCUGAGUUGGCAGUCACAAACUCGCAGAACCCCAAGUCUCUCGAGUCUCAAUUCCCAGGACUCCAGUAUUGAAAUUUCAAAGCUCACUGAUAAGGUGCAGGCCGAGUAUAGAGACGCUUAUAGAGAGUACAUUGCUCAGAUGUCCCAGUUAGAAGGGGGCACAGGGGCGUCAACACUAAGCGGCAGAUCUUCUCCACACAGCACAUACUACAUAGGUCAGAGUUCUUCAGGGGGCUCCAUUCAUUCUAAUCUAGAUCAAGAGAGGGGGAAGGAGAGCGAGCUAAAGCAGGAGGAUGGGCGGAAGUCAUUCUUAAUGAAGAGGGGGGAUGUCAUAGAUUACUCCUCAUCAGGGGUGUCCACUAAUGAGGCCUCACCCCUGGACCCCAUUACUGAAGAAGAUGAGAAAUCUGACCAGUCAGGUAGUAAACUACUCCCAGGCAAGAAAUCUUCAGAACGGCCCAGUCUCUUCCAGACAGAUUUGAAGCUUAAGGGAGGUGGUCUGCGCUACCAGAAACUGCCCAGUGAUGAAGAUGAGUCUGGUACAGAAGAGUCAGAUAAUACCCCACUGCUCAAAGAUGAUAAGGACAAAAAGGCUGAAGGCAAGGCAGAGAGAGCGGCCAAGUCUCCAGAGCACAGUGCCGAGCCUAUCAGAACAUUCAUUAAAGCAAAAGAGUACUUGUCGGACGCCCUCCUUGACAAAAAAGAUUCCUCAGAUUCGGGAGUGAGGUCCAAUGAGAGUUCUCCCAACCACUCGCUCCACAAUGAGGCAGCAGAUGACUCCCAACUGGAAAAGGCAAAUCUCAUAGAGCUUGAAGAUGAGGGCCACAGUGGGAAGCGGGGGAUGCCGCACAGUCUGAGUGGCCUGCAGGAUCCAAUUAUAGCCCGGAUGUCCAUUUGCUCAGAAGACAAGAAAAGCCCUUCCGAGUGCAGCCUGAUCGCUAGCAGCCCUGAAGAGAGCUGGCCUGCCUGCCAGAAGGCCUACAACCUAAACCGAACGCCCAGCACUGUGACUCUGAACAACAACACUGCGCCCACUAACAGAGCCAAUCAGAACUUUGAUGAGAUAGAGGGAGUCAGGGAAACAUCCCAAGUCAUUCUGAGGCCUGGGCCCAGUCCCAACCCAACUGCUGUGCAGAAUGAAAACCUCAAGAGCAUGGCGCACAAGCGAAGCCAGCGCUCCAGCUACACCAGGCUCUCGAAAGAUGCAUCUGAGCUGCAUGCGGCCUCCUCCGAGAGCACGGGCUUUGGAGAAGAGAGAGAAAGCAUUCUUUAAGGAAAAGAAAGUGGAGUAGCGUUGUCCUACCUGAGGACAAGAUGUCAUAGCUUUGAGUUGACUCAUCCUCAUUACUCAUCGUGUUUAUGCAUCACAGACACCUGAUAGGUGGUCAGGCACAUGGGGAAGUAGACAGGAAAGCCUGAGGACAGUCACCAGUCAUCUCCAUUGUCACCAUCACCACAGGCACUUCAACGUCUCACUACCACUGUAAUGCCCUUUCCUGGCACACAGCUCUGCAGACUGAUGAGGACAGGCUGAAUACAGGAAUAGGUCAGAAGUGGGGUUAAAGUUGGAAGGGCUUAAAGCACAAGGAAGUAAACCUAGAGAUCUCCUUUACGAACUAUUCAUGUAACGUUUGAGGGGAGAUCUAGUGUUAGAUGAAGCAGAAACCAAUUUCACUGUUAGUGUUUAAACUUGGUGCAGAUUUAUAGGUUUUAGAGUAGCCCAGAGACUAAAAGUGAACACCUAGCAAAUGGAUAGCCAGUGUUCUGGAUAAGAAUCAUUGCUCUUAAGAGGUCUUAAAAUUUAAGUAGAAAAUAUAUACUAAAGAGGGCGAUAAAAGUUGAUGAUGAAAUGAUGAUUAAGCAGAACCCAAAGCAGUGGCCUGGGCCAUGAUGAAUCAUUUGCAGAAGAGGUGGUGGAGGGCAAUAUAUUCCUGGAUACUCUCUCCAGACCUAGGCCUGGCUUCUGACACCAUCUACCUGUGCCCUCAAAACCAUCUUAGUCUGUUCUGCAACUCCUGAGUAAGACACCUAGCUUAGCUUAUGGCUAAGGAAAAAAAAUUAUUGGUACUGGUGAUUAAACUCAGGACCUCACAGAUCUAAGUCCUGUGUUGACUUAGCUACAUCCCCAGACCCAACCAUGAGUCCCUUCCUUCCUCCAGAGAUUUGGGAAGACGUGUAUAAGACUCCAGUAGACUCUUAAUGAAGGUGUUGGCAAGUUAUUCCGUUAAAGGAGUUAGUGACGGUGACACUAGACAAAUAACAGUAUUUAGUUUGCUAACAUUAAAUCACUGCCUCUGUACUGCAAUAGUUUAUCUGUUCCUAAAUCAGCAUUUCAAUUCAGGGGAUGGGGGAAUUAUAAAAAUGGAGGCAUGGUUUUAAAAGGGGAAUUUGAAAGCAUACAACAAAGCAAGAACAGAAUCAGAGCUGGUGUGACCUUGACACUUUUAUUAUUCUUAGCAAAGCUAGGAGAAUGACCACAUACAUUUAAGUAUCAUGUAGGCUAGAGGUGUGCCUGUCUUCAUCUUGCAUUGAAACUGUUUGCCAUUUGAUCAUAGUGUGUUCCCAUAGAUCAGCUCUAGUGGUUCGUCCUGAGCCAUGGGUAGGAUUGUAGAUGUAAGGUUGCAGGUUUAGUUCUCAUUGAGAUGUCCAUGACUGACUAGACCUGUGUGGUUCACUUGGCACUGUGCUGGUAGCUGCUGUGUCUCACUGCCUUGCUGUUUGAGUGUAACUGGGCAUUCUCAUGAAGUGCAUAUGUUGCAUGAUCUUUAACAGGUGUUUUUAAACAUUGAAAACAGCACGAUGUUAUGACAUUAUGCAUUAGUAGUAUGCAGUAUCAUGUAAUGGGUGCGUCAGAGGCAGUGUGGUUUCUUUCCAGGUGAGUAGUUAUAGCUUACAGCCACGGGAGCCCUUUAUUUACAGUCUGUGACGUCAAUGCUGGAGUGCAAAGUGCACAUGGAGACUAGGAACAAUAAAGACUUGCAUGCCA